AUGCAGGGUCCCCUGGGGAAUGGUCUCAGUAGUCUCUUCAGCUCACUGAAGGUGGUGCGUCUACUCCGACUGGGCCGUGUGGCCCGCAAGCUGGACCACUACCUGGAGUACGGGGCGGCCGUGCUGGUACUACUGGUGUGCGUCUUCGGCCUCGUCGCCCACUGGUUGGCCUGUAUCUGGUACAGCAUUGGCGACUACGAGGUCAUCGACGAGGCCACCAACACCAUCAAGACGGACAGCUGGCUCUACCAGCUGGCCACGAGCAUCGGGACGCCGUACCGCUACAAUGCCAGUGGCUCGGGCCAAUGGGAAGGUGGACCCAGCAAGGACACGCUGUACAUCUCCUCGCUCUACUUCACGAUGACCAGCCUCACCACCAUUGGCUUUGGUAACAUCGCACCCACUACGGACGGCGAGAAGAUCUUCUCAGUGGCCAUGAUGAUGGUGGGCUCCCUUCUCUAUGCCACCAUCUUCGGUAAUGUGACCACCAUCUUUCAGCAGAUGUACACCAACACCAACCGCUACCACGAGAUGCUGAACAACGUGCGCGACUUCCUCAAACUCUACCAGGUGCCCAAGGGUCUGAGCGAGCGCGUCAUGGACUACAUCGUGUCCACCUGGGCCAUGUCCAAAGGCAUCGACACAGAGAGGGUGCUGUCUAUAUGUCCCAAAGACAUGCGUGCAGACAUCUGCGUCCACCUCAACCGGCAGGUGUUCAACGAGCACCCAGCUUUCCGUCUGGCCAGUGACGGCUGCCUGCGCUCGCUGGCUGUGGAGUUCCAGACCACGCACUGCGCUCCCGGCGACCUCAUCUUCCACGCCGGUGAGAGUGUGGACACCCUCUGCUUCGUCGUGUCCGGCUCGCUGGAGGUCAUCCAGGACGACGAGGUCAUUGCCAUCCUCGGAAAAGGGGACGUGUUUGGGGACGUGUUCUGGAAGGAGAGCAACCUGGCACACUCGUGCGCUAAUGUGCGGGCCCUGACGUACUGCGACCUGCAUGUUAUCAGAAGGGACGCCCUGCUCAAGGUGCUGGAGUUCUACACGGCCUUUGCCAACACCUUCUCGCGGAACCUCAUUCUCACCUGCAACCUUCGGAAACGGAUCAUCUUCCGUAAGAUCGCCGACGUGAAGAAGGAGGAGGAGGAGCGGCGCCAGCAGAAGAACGAGGUGACCCUGUCCAUCCCCGUGGACCAUCCGGUGCGUAAGCUCUUCCAGAAGUUCAAGCAGCAGAAGGAGCUGCAGACCCGUGGCCCCGGCUCGCUGGACCUGGAGCGCAACCAGUUCCAGGUGGAGCACCAGCUGCAGCCCCUCUCCCACCACUUCCACCCCUGCCACCAGCAGCCGCACCACCAGCAGGAGCCGCAGCAGCAGCUGCUGCAGCAGUAUCAGAUCCAGCACCACCCUCUCCAGCACCACCACAGCCCCCUGCUGCAGAACGGGGCUCCGGGGAUCGGAGGAAGCGGGGGUGGGAACGGAGGCUCCAGCGUGGUGACGGUGUCACAGAUCACCCCGCUGCAGAACUACGUGACGGAGUCGGAGACGGAGGAGUCGGGGGGCAUUGGCCCGGGGGGCAUGGGUGGCCACGAGGCCCUCGAACUCAAACCCAGCCUGGGCGUGGUGGCCGACAAGAACUGCCUGAAGGCUUCUGAGAGGCUGGGCCGGCGCAGUCGCGCCGGGCUCCACCAACUGCCGGAGAGGGUGCCGGCACAGCUGCUGCAGCCGCCGACGCCCACACUGCAGCGGAGGGAGGAGGAGUGGGGGGGGGUGACCCAGUCGCUGGAGCUGCUAUCCGAGGACAGCAAGAGUCAGGAGGCUGAGGCGGCGCGGCCAGCCCCUGAGCGCGCCAGCCCCAUGGAGCAGCGCAGCCCUUACCCCUACGACCAGCCCAGCCCGGGCUCCGGUGGGCCUGGCAGCCUGCUAGCGGCGGUCGUACGUGCCGGGGGCCACCACCAACCUCCUCACCACCACCACCCCUUCCCGUCCGGCACGGAGCAGGCCCUGCUCCAGACGUCGCUGCUGGAGGCCAAGUGCGAGCUGAAGGGGGACAUCCAGACGCUGAGUGGACGAAUGGCCGCCCUGGAGGCCCAGGUCGGGGAGAUCCUGCGGCUGCUGUCCUCGUCGGACGGUGGCAGGCGCAGGCCCUCGCUGCCCUCGCAGACGUCCACGCCCAAGUCCAAAACCAAAUGCCAGGACAUCUUCACCGUCUCGCGGCCUGUAACACCGUCGGAGAGCGAGAGAGACGAUGGCCCAUUCUGAAGUAGCCUCUCCACUCGUAGGGGAACGCUUUUGAAAUUCAAAUUCUGGAGAGAAAAAACAAACAAACGAGGAGAUGUGUUUUCCCCUCUUAUCAGGACACUACUCCUGCUGCCUCUUGGGGUCUGCUGUCUCUGGACGUGCCCCCCCUCGUGUCCGGGACAGAAGAGAGCACAGAACAGUCCGUGAAGGGGUUUACUUGAUUACUGUACAUAACACACUUGCAUGUCCAGCUGGAUUCUGGCCUGCCAAAGAAUUCUGAUGGGGGAAUAUUUAUAAGUGAUUGCUUGUGCUGUACAUUUCUGCAGUGGACUGCAUGCUGAGAUGAGUUCAGGAGAUGGCGAAUUGUUUCUUUUUUUGUUGUUGUGGUUGUUUUUUUUGUUUUUUAUUAUACACACUGACUCAAUGAAUAGUAUAUGACAUCUCCGAAUGAGCUUGACAAAAGCUUACCUUUUUCAGGAUACCGUUCUUUGACAAGUAGGUGUAAGUUGUUGGCCAGACCUAUAGCUCUAACAUGUAAAACUUGGAGUACAUGGUAGAGUUCGGGCAUCGGGCAAUAGCUCAUGCAAAAGCACCUAGGUGACUUACUGACCAUUAGGGUUUAUAAUCAGUCAAUCUAAUGACAAGAUUUAGUCCUGUAGUCACACAUAUGUCAUACAAAAUGUCCUUUGAGACCUCAAAGAGGAAAAGAUGGUGGAUUGUCCAUCUUUGAGUAUAUUUAAUUCACUCAGGCCACCAGAUACUUAAACAAGAAAGCUGUUCACUAUUUUGACAUUUGUAUUUGUUGAGGGGUUAAGCUCUAAUGGUUUAACUUGCCUCCCUUCAAUAUUAUUCUUUGAUAUCAGGUUUUAUUUGUACAGAGGAAGUCAUUUUAGGGGUUCUUUACACAUAGUGCUGUUUAGGGAAAUAAUAUGUCAAAACUGCAUGCUGGACAGAUCAUUUGUAUGUACUGGCAUGAUAGAGUUUUUUGGUAGCUUGUCCCGUAGCAUUUCACCAAAUAUGGCAGGUAACCUCUGCCCAACGCCCCAGGGAAUGCUGGGAGGUGCCCACACAACGUUCACACAACGUUCACACAGCCUACCCGUAUAUGUGGCAUGUGCAGAGGAACAUCCUCCAGCUGCAAAAUGCAUGGCAAACUCAGAGACCAUAGCAUUCACAAACCCCCUUUUUGUGUGCAUGAUAGCAUUAGCAUUAGCAUAGCGUGUUUUUAGUAAGCGAUGGUGAUGUCAUUUUGCCCUUUUGUAGCUGCAUACUGGUGCUGAUGGUGAGUUUAUAUCUGCACUUCCAGGAAUGGUAGCAAAUCCUAGUCCAGUUCUUGUCAGCGCAUUUCACACAUGCAUAUUGUGUUUGCAGAAAAGCAAACACACUGUUCAUCAUCACUGUUUACAAAAAGCAUAGCAAAUGAGUUUGCUCACUGUCCUCAUUAAAAAUGUAAGGUUUCAUUUGGGGUGGUGACACAUAAAAGCUAACACAUAGCGCCAUACAGUCUGAACGCGAACAGGUGUAAUGGAGAAAUGGUCCUGUUUUCUCAGCUGAUUACUAAGUCAGAGGCCUUUCAUUGGUAUCGCCAGCCGUUAUUUCAAUGCAUGCCCACAAAGUAGCUGAAUUAGUCACUUUUUCCUCUGGUAGUAUUGAGAUGUAGCCUUACGAGCCGAGACUUCCUAAUCCUUGUCUUAUCUGGUCAACUUGUUCAUCUUUAACCUCCCAUUUUAUUCAAAGGCAUACUUCAGAAAGCUUUCUGUACAGAUCUGCGGAGGAGCUCAAAUGUCAUGAUUUACAUCAGUAGUGAAUGGCUCCAUAUAUACUGUAGGUUUUUGUAUUGGCUCUUGAAACUAGACUGACCAAACCAUUUAUAUCUUUGCAGCUAAAUUCACAGCUCUAUGCAAGAGCUAUAGGCCAAAAAAGGUCUUCUUUUCCUCACUUUGUAUUCUAUAGGUAAAGGAUGGAAAAUAACUUGAUGAAGUCUGACUACUUCAUCAAUAUGUGAGAAAUAGAUUUUUUGCGGACAUACAGUAUGAACCAAUAUGUCCGCAAAAAAUCUCACAUAUUCACUCAUACAGUACAGCUGGUAUUGGCACAACAGCCUUCAACACAUGAUCCUGAAGCUCAUGACAUUCUGUCUUUUAGAACAGACUGACGUUAUCAAUAUACUCUGCCCCUUAAUCAUCAAUGAAACCAACACUUACCUUUCUUGAAUAUAAGAAGCAAUAAUGUUUUGGUUUCUGCAGGUUACAACAUGUUGUGAAUGGCUUUUAAAGGUCACUUUAGUCUAAAAAGCCCUGUAUUCAUGACAUCUAAGUAAGUUGGAUCAUUUAGGUAUAGCACUAAGGUCAUACAGUAAGUCUGUCUUUUUUGUGUCAUGCUACGUCGAGAAUACAUUUUACUCUGUAGCCUACUAAUGUGCUAAUGCUUUGUGAGCGGGCCUUCUCAUUUUUGGGGGCUAAUGGAGAUAGAGACAGAGAUCAGAGCCAGCACACAAAAUCAAUUCUCAGCACUGCUGCUGCAAAGGAAGCCCAUUAGAGAACAGCUGAGCAGAUGGUUAUGUUCAGCUACUGUCCUUCACUCAUGAAAAGACAUAGAGCAAGAGCCGAGGCUGCUUAUAUUUCCCUCUCAAUAAUCACUUUCUUUGUUUCAAACAAGACCCUUUGCAUGGGCAGGCAUUAAUUAAGAAUAACUUGAAUUUUACUAUUCUUAAUUCUUAUUAUUUAAUGAUCAGGAUUUAGCCCCACACUUUCCAGGUAGCAAGCUAUCCUCAGAGAGUCUGCUGAUAGGUGGUGUGUCACAAAGAAGCCGUUAAAUCCCAGGGGUAACGUUAAAACUGAUCUCCUGUUUGCUGUUUGGACCCUGCUGGAUUACUAUGUAGGCAUGUGUUCAAACGGCACAGACCACUUAUAAAUAUAUAUUUUUUGUUUUGGUUCUUUGUUUAUUUAUUUAUUUAUUUGUUUGUUUGUUUUGUUUAUGGGUUUAAUUUUGGAGAUUUUUUACUCCCUUAUCCCUUUGAGGGAUGUCAGCGUUUUACAAAGU